AUGGCGGUUCCAAAUAACAACCAAUUCAUGCACCAUCUGAAGGAUCAUGGUGGUAUCGGUCCUUUCCUACCAGCAGAGCCAACACCGUUGUGUUACUGUGGGUUACCGAUAUUUGUGAAGCGGUUAAGGCAUCCCGCGUCAACUGGGUGUGCUUUCUACUGUUGCCAACUUAAGUGUCGUCCCCCAACACUUGAUUCCUACCUAGAGGGAUGCAGCUUCUAUCAGUGGAUCGAUGGCGAUGAAAUGUUCGAUCCGUCGAUUAUGUUGUUUCCUUAUGACCCCUGGAAGAGCGUUCCAUAUUUGAAAUUUGUUCAUUGGGUUCCACCGCUACCGAACCCUCCUAAAAUGAUAGAGGUAGAGAAGGUUGAUGCUGCUUUGCGUCGUCUAGCCAAUCCUCUUAAAUGCAAUUGUGAAGUGUCAGCGCUACUAGCUACUCCCAGCCAACAUGGAGCAUUCACUUCCUUCUAUCGUUGUGGAUUGUUAGAUUAUAGAGGGUUCCCAUCUUGUGACUUUGAGAAGUACAACUAUGGACCCAAAUCGCACUGGCCUUCUGAGUAUGAAUUUUUAGAGUUUGAAGCAGGCAUUAAGCCAUGA